AUGGACCAGCAGUCCCGUCCCAUGCCUGCACCCACUCAGUCCUUUUGCCUCCGACCGAGUCUCGAACAGGCAUCAAUCGCCCCUCCCCCUCCUCUUUUCUCGUACACACACCGACAGGCGAACAUGCGAAAUUUGUCUUGUAUGGCGGCUAUUGUGCCUGUUGUCCAGCCUGACAGUUACGCAAGCAAGCUCAUACAUUUCAUUAAGUCUGGAUUAGGGCAGCGAUUCGAAAUCUGCGGGCGUCCUGUUCGUCGAAAACCGAGUCGACUCCUCCUCCUCCUCUUCCAUUCCUUAGCGGUAGAGAGUCACUUAAACCCCGCGAUCGGCCAUUCUACUCUUCGUCGGUCAUGGCCCAGCGGGGGCUCGAACAGAUGCACCCACAUGCCAGUGGAGGCUUGUGGUCAACAGGGGGCUGCUGAGUAA